CUGGUGUCAUGUCGGUGCCCUAUGCGGACCUGGAGGAGUCGAGUGUAGUCACCUCUGAAAGGAAGACCCAGAGGCAGGCACUGGAAUUACAAGGCUCUUUUGAUCCGGUUUCCCAAGAUUCUAAGGUGAAGAGAUUUUGCUCCAAAAACAUCUUGAUCAUCCUCAGUGUCUUCUCUCUCUUGGCCGUGAUAGCUUUGAUUGCUGUGGGAUUGACCCAGAACAAACCGUUGCCAGAAAAUGUUAAGUUUGGGAUUGUGCUGGAUGCAGGGUCUUCUCACACCAACUUGUACAUCUACAAGUGGCCAGCCGAGAAGGAGAACGACACAGGCGUGGUGCACCAGCUACAGGAAUGUCAAGUGAAAGGUCCUGGAAUCUCAAAAUAUGCUCAGAAAACAAAUGAAAUAGGCACAUACCUGGCCGAAUGCAUGAAAAUAUCCACGGAGUUGAUCCCAGCCUCUAAGCAUCGUGAGACGCCUGUUUACCUGGGAGCCACAGCAGGCAUGCGCUUACUUAGAAUGGAAAGUGAGCAAGCAGCAGACAGGGUCCUGGCUGCAGUGUCAAGAAGCCUUAGAAACUACUCCUUUGACUUCCAGGGUGCCAAGAUCAUCACUGGCCAAGAGGAAGGGGCCUAUGGGUGGAUUACUGUCAACUACCUGCUGGGCAAAUUCACUCAGAAACAGAGUUGGCUAAACCUCAUCUCAGCAGACCAGAAAGAGGGAACCUUCGGCGCGUUGGAUCUCGGUGGCGCCUCUACACAAAUCACCUUUGUGCCAGUAAACAGCACUAUAGAAGCCCCAGAAAACUCUCUGCAGUUUCGCCUCUACGGCGAGGACUACACUGUGUACACACACAGCUUCCUGUGCUAUGGGAAGGACCAGGCACUCUGGCAGAAACUAGCCAAGGACGUUCAGGUUUCAAGUGGCGGGACCCUCAGGGAUCCAUGCUUCCACCCAGGAUAUGAGAAGAGAGUGAAUGUCAGUGAGCUCUACGGCACCCCCUGCACCAAGAGGUUUGAAAAGAAGCUACUGUUCGAUCAGUUUCAAAUCCAGGGCACUGGAGACUACGAACAGUGCCAGCAGAGCAUCCUCGAGCUCUUCAACAACAGCUACUGCCCUUACUCCCAGUGUGCCUUCAAUGGCAUCUUCUUGCCACCUCUCCAUGGGAGUUUUGGGGCAUUCUCAGCCUUCUACUUUGUGAUGGAUUUUUUUAAGAAGAUGGAAAAAGACAGUGUCUCCUCUCCAGAAAAGAUGACUGAGACCUUAAAAAGUUUUUGUUCAAAGCCUUGGGAAGAGGUAAAAGCAUCUAAUCCGAAAAUAAAGGAGAAGUACCUGAAUGAAUACUGCUUCUCUGGGGCCUACAUCCUCACCCUCCUUCUGCAAGGCUAUAACUUCACAGGCAGUUCCUGGGACCAGAUUCGUUUUAUGGGCAAGAUCGAGGACAGCAAUGCAGGGUGGACAUUGGGCUACAUGCUGAACUUGACCAACAUGAUCCCAGCUGAACAGCCGCUAUCCCCACCUCUUCCUCACUCCACCUACGUCAGCCUCAUGGUCAUCUUCUCCCUGAUCUUGGUUGCUGUAGCCAUCACAUGUCUGCUCAUCUAUAGCAAGCCUUCAUAUUUCUGGAAAGCGUCUGUAUAGCAGGAGCAGCAGGAAUUUGCUGUGUGGAGUGAGAAAGCAACUUGCCCAGGGAGCGUGUUCCUCCCUUUAGGGGACUCCAGAGUCACCGUCCCUGCUUUCCAGGGACAGUCUGGACCAACACAAAGCGACUGAGGCUUUUGCUGAAGCCUUUCCUUGGGAACACUCAACCACCUCCACUGCAAGGACUUCCGGUGAUGUUCUCUUGACUUUCCCAGCUACCUUCCCUCUCCUUUGUCCUCUGUGCUUGUGAACAUGACUUUCAUGGUCUGCGCUUCAAAUAAAGAACAAUACCAACUUUAUCUCAAAGAACUAAGAGUCCCGAGUGCUACACUGCCCAGUGUGAGCUGGCUGUCAUAGCUUUGGGACUCCCCUCCCCCAUCUCGUGAGAAAGCCAUGCAGUGCCUUUGGAGAGAAGAGACACAAACCCAUUCCAAGCCUGCCCUUUGGAUAGGAGGAUUUUCUGAAAUAGAUGUAUACAUGCUAAAGCCAAAGAGUGUUGUGCAAAGGAGCCGAUGUGCUUGUGCCAUUGUUGUGAUUCACCGUCUGCUGAAGAUAAGAGUGGAAGCCGUGUGUGUAUUCCUGCGUGGUGCCAAGAUGCUCUCAAGAAGAGCACACGGGCCAGAGGUUUUUGAAAAGCAGAUGUACACAUUAGCAUUUUGGGGAUACUGUGUGAUAGUAGUGUGUGUUGCUAGGAAGAAAACUAUAGUUGCCACUCAGGACUUGGAAAAUAUAGCCUCUUGUAUAUACCAUCUUGUAGAGCUCUGUGGUUUUUACGUUAAAAUACACAUAACAUAAAUUUCACCAUAUUCGCAUUCAGCUCAGUACAACGGAAUAUCAUUUAGUACAUUUACAGUGUUAUACAAUUAUCACUAUUUUGAAGACUUUGUUUCCAGUUAUGUGUGUAUGCAUGAGUACAGUGAACAUGGUAGCCGGAGGAGGGUAUCAAUCCCUCGGAGCUGGAGUCAGAAACAACCGGUUGUCAGCUGUCCAGUGUGAGCGCAGGAAAUCAAACUGGGAUCCUCUGCAAGAGCAAUGUGUGCUCUCAACCUCUGAGCCAGCUCUCCAACCCCUACGCCGCUAUUUUAUCCCCUUCUAUAACCAAGGUGUUGGCCGGGGACAAGAGCACAUAUGAGUUUUCUCAAACCACAAACUGUUCCGUUGAUCACUAAGUAGACUCUGCUCCGCAGAGAUGGCUUACUGGGUUUAAAAGCCAUACAGCAUCCUAGUGGCCCAAGACUUAAUUUAGCGAGGGGGGCAGGCUUUUGCCCACUGUGGUAUUUACACAUCAAGUGUUGCUACCCCUGUGUUAUACAACACGUGCCUUAUUUCCUUAUUUCAUGGAGUGUUUCGUGGGGUAAUGUAGUGAGAGCUGCGGGCUGUGUUCCUGCCACCCCAGCUCAUGGUCACCUGGCUAGCUUAUGCCCCAAAAUAAUGACACACAAGUUGUAUUCUUUUAAACACUGCUUGGCCCAUUUCUAUUCAUGUG